CGCCGAUCCGCCAUUCUCGCGCUCCGUCCGUUGCUGCAGCAGGGUUCGCGGGGCCUCGCGAGGAUGGACAGCUUCUCUUCGGAUUUCUCUUCAGGAGGGCCUGGCGGAGGGAAGGUGGACUCCGGGAUGAUCAUGGAGCAGGUGAAGCUACAAAUCGCCGUCGCAAACGCCCAGGAACUUUUACAGCGAAUGACUGAUAAAUGUUUCAGAAAGUGUAUUGGCAAGCCAGGAAGUUCACUGGACAAUUCUGAACAGAAAUGUAUAGCAAUGUGUAUGGAUCGAUACAUGGAUGCCUGGAACACAGUAUCACGGACGUAUAACUCCAGACUACAACGGGAACGAGCACAAAUGUAGCUGCACAGCAAAAGAGAAAAGGGCAGCUUGGACUGUAUUCAUAUGGGGAGAGAAGACCUCAAGUAAAGGAGGGAUGUAUAAUGCAAAGUACUGUGUAUGUCUGAGAAAAAGUGGCUAAACUGCCUAGGUUAUAACACGAUUGUGUCAGCCUGUAUUCUGUGGACUUGAUUAUAAUAAAAGUACAUGAUUGUGAACGUUAA